CUCUUCCACGCCUCUUCUAGAUCCCCAAUUUCAAAAUCGUAAUUCCACAGCUCAAAAAAGAACCCGCAGUUCCUCACAGGUACUGUUACCCAAAAUCGGCAUGCCAUAUGGCCACCGCCGGCGCCGUCGUUGACCGGCUCCUGCGCCGGUUGGCCUCCGGCGCUCGCCGGUCGGAGCUGCCCUCAGACAUAGACCAGCACGUGGCGCACGUCAGGCGAACGCUGUCGAGGUUGCAAGAUGUGCUGGUAAGUGUGGAUAUAUAUUUUUGGGUGCGUACUGACGUACAGGAUUGGAUGACGAAGAUCAGUCAGAUUGUGUAUGACAUGGAAAACCUCUUGGACGAAUUUGAAGACCAAAAUGACACUGAAUCUCAGAGGAGCGGCUGUAUUACAAAGGCAACGUCACUGUGUUCCCCAUGUCCAUUUUUCUUGUAUAGCACUAGAGUGAACAGAAUGAAGACACUGAGAAAAAGAUUGGAUCAUUUAGCAAGAAAUUCUGUCAUUUUUACUAUGAUGCAACACCCAAGGUGUGAUCUUGAGCAAACCGAUAUGCAAGAAGAGUUUUGUAGAGCUGCAAUCGUUGGAAGAGAUAGUGACAAAACAAAAAUAGCGGAAUUAAUCUUGCAAGAUAAUGCAGAAACAUUGUGCAUCAUUCCCAUUGUUGGCCUUGUGGGUUUAGGGAAGACAACUCUCGCCAGAUUAAUUUUCCAUGACCAGGGAGAAGGGUGGGAUUUUGAUCUUCGUAUUUGGAUCGACUUAAAUAGGAAAUUUGACCUUAGGAAGAUUGCUGCUGAUAUAAUCUCACAAGCUAAUGAAACAAAAGAAGAAGGACCCUCAGUAGUUAAUACCAGCAUUGAGAUUCACGGGAAUCUCCAAUUGCUAAAGAAUCGCUUGCAGGAGACACUUAAUGGCAAACAUUGUCUAAUUGUCUUGGAUGGCCUUUGUAGCACAGAUAAAAGCCAGCUGGAUGAAUUGAAGGAAAUGCUCAGGGCUAAGAACAAGUCGAUCAAGGUUUUAGUGACCACCUCCAGUGAAAUAACUGCAGAGCUAAUGCACACUUUCACGCCAUACAAGUUGCUUCCAUUAUCCGAAGAUGACUGUUGGGCAAUAUUUUCUGAAAAGGCAUUUGGGGAUGGAGGUCGUGUCAAUGCACACCUAGAGACAAUUGGGAAGCAAAUUGCAAAAAGAUGUGAUGGACUACCAGCUUUAGCUCAUUUUCUUGGUUCAAUAGUGCACAAUCAAGUCAUGCAUGUCUGGUUAACAGCAAGGGAUGAACCAAUAUGGAAAUUAGGGGAAACAUUUUCCGGGAAAACUAAAUUGUUUUCAUCAUUGAAUCAAAUAUACUGUGACAUGCCCUCAGCACUAAAACUAUGCUUUCUAUAUUUAUCAGUAUUGCCUAUGGGAUCUGCUAUUGAUAAAGAAAAACUUAUCCAACAGUGGAUUGCACUUGAUAUGGUUGGAUCAAAAUAUGGGACUUUGCCCCCCUAUGUUCAUGGGGAGAUGUACAUUCAGGACCUUCUGUCAAUACAUUUCCUCCAAGUUACAAAGACACAUUCAGUUUAUGGAAUGGGAAGCGGAACAUCUCCUACAACACUUUACAUGCAUAACUUCGUGCAUGACUUUGCAAGGCAUGUUGCGUGCAAUGAUAUUAUUAUUCUGGAUGAUAGAGAAAUUAGUGAUAAUGCAAAAGACCUCUCUUUCCAAUAUGCAUUAUUGACCUAUUACAGAGGACAAUCAACACUUUGCAGUUCACUUCUUACAGGGGCAAGGGCAUUACACUUCCUAAAUGUUGAGGCUAUAAAGCUCCAUCGAGAACCAUUUGAAUUACUGAAGCAUUUGCGUGUUUUGAAUCUUAGUAGAAGCUGCCUUAGAGAAUUGCCCACUUCCAUUGGUAAUUUGAAGCAUCUAAGAUACCUUGACAUUUCUGGCUCAAAGGUUCAGACAUUACCUUCCUCCAUGAGUAUGUUGAUAAACCUUGAGGCGUUGGAUCUAUCAAAUACUUCUCUCAAGGAAUUACCCUCUUUCAUAGGUUCUUUAGAGAAGCUAAAAUAUUUGAAUCUGCAAGGCUGUGACUUACUUCAAAGCUUGCCUGCAACCCUUGGCUACCUCCAAACACUUGAGCAUCUUAGGCUGUCAUGUUAUGAUGUUUCUGAGCUUGAUGACUCUCUCUGCAAGCUUCAGGACCUUCGAUUAUUUGACUUGUCAAGCUGCACUGAGCUUCCACAGUUGCCUCCUUCAUUUGGUAAUUUAAUGAACUUGGAGGAUUUAAACCUAUCUAGUUGCUUCAACCUUAAGCAGCUACCAGAAUCUUUUGGCAACCUAUAUUUUCUUAGGUUCCUGAACAUGUCGAGCUGCUAUGAGCUCAAACAAUUGCCUGGAUCUCUUUGUAAUCUCCUGAAGUUGGAAGUCCUUAUACUUCGGAGGUGUCGUAAACUACAAAACCUCCCUCCAUCCUUUGGGGAUAUUCAGAGCCUUCGAAUUUUGGAUCUAACUGGCUGUGAGGCACUUGACCUAAUUAUUGAUAUGUUAACAACCAAUUUGGAGUACCUGAACCUACAACAAUGUCUAAAGCUGCCGACUCGGCCUAACCUUUUCAUUAACUUGACUAGACUGAAGUUUUUGAAUCUCUCACAAUGCACCCCUACCAUUGACUGUCUACAAUCUCUUGGCUACUUGUUCAAUCUGGAAUAUCUGAACUUGUCGCAGAAUCUUCUUGUCAUACCUGCAUGUUUUAUGCGGCUUCAGAAGCUGCACACGUUGGACCUCACUGGUUGUGCUCUCAAGCAUCCAUCCCAUAGUGUAUCACAAAUGUUCCUAGGUAUCAUACAUAAAAUGACAGGACUGAAAUUUCUGUUGACAAAAGAUCCAAUGAUAGUGGCCUGUCUUCCACCAUAUAUCCGGUGCUCCAUUAGUAUUCGUGAGAACUGGCACAUAACAACUGAUGAGCUUGUUAUUCCAGACCUCACAAGAGGGUCCAGGGGCUUAAGCAUCGCAGAGAGCGCAAAUCUGCAGAAUCGACCAGAGCUUCGUUUCCUUAAGCUGGAGUGGACUAAUACUUCUCAUCGAGCAGUACAUGGAGUAGUUGAAGAUUUAGGCGAAGAAGUUCUGGAAAAGCUCCUACCACACCAGAAUUUAGAGUAUCUCGAGCUAGCUGGGUAUUCAGGCUUUGCAUGGCCUACAUGGAUGAUGAACAACAUGGUGACUUCUCUCCCUAACCUUGUCAGCCUACAUCUGUUCUUCCUUGGGAACUGCAUAGAUCUCCCUCCACUGGGCCAGCUAAUAAAUUUGCGCCAUUUGCAUAUAAAAGAUAUGCCUAAUAUUGUAAAUCUGGAGAUGGGUCUUUCUGGGGGGCCACAGCCCUUCAAGAAAUUAACACACCUCAAAUUGGAAAUUUUACUAAACCUAGAAGAGUUGCCUAUACUGUCGACCACAAACAAUGGGAAUCAGCAGUUCAUGUUCCCUGCUCUUGAAGAGUUGUCCGUGCUAUUCUGCCCUAAUCUCAUGUUCAAACCAUCUCUGCCAAAGUGUGUGAAAUAUGAAGUAAAAAAUAGUAACCGGAUACUGUUAUGUGGGGAACCUUUGGGGCCAUUGUCAUCUCCAUCACCAGUAAACAUAAUGAUUACCGGGUGCAGGAUUUCUUCCAGUUGCCUGCAAUGGCUUGAAUCCUUGAAGACUAAUGGAAAAAUAGUAAUUGAUGCAUGUGUGGGGGAUGAUGGUGAAGCGGUAACCUCUUUGGGGCUCAUGGGGAUAAAAUACACUCGAGGGUCAUCCAGUAGCAAGAAUCCAAAUGAAACAGCAAACCGAAGUUCAUCUGGGACAAAUAUUUUACAUGAAUUGACCACUCAGGAUGGUGGCUAUGUCGUGGACGCAUCGGGCAGGCAAUCUUCUGGUGAAUCAUCUUUACCAUCUUUACAGCAAAACCCGGCUACAACAGGCCUUGGCACGUCAAUAGUCUGGAAACUUUUCCCCAAGUUCAAUACAACAUUGGAAAAAUCAGUGGAACGAAUUACAUCUUCUACAGUAAUCAUGCCAUCGAUGGAGACCUUCCCAACCUCUCACAAGCUUCCUAGGUCCAAAAUGUCUGCACAAAUACCUGGAGCACGAUCCUUGAACUUAAGCCUUAAACAGGUCCAGAAGGCUACUCGGAAAUUUUCACCUUCACUUAAGCUAAGUGAAAGUGGAUUAUGGGAAAUCUACAAGGGUAUCUUACCAGAUAACCAGAUGGUUGUUGUCAGGAGAGCUAAAAAGAACUAUGUUCCAGUUGGGAAAGUUCACAAGGAAUCGCAGCUCCUUUCAGCAAUUAACCAUUGGAGUUUGGUGACGCCUCUAUGUUCUAUUGAUAAAGGAAAUGAGUUUAUUAUGAUCAGUGAGUAUAUUUCAAAUGGCAGCCUAAGGCAACACCUGCAUGGCCAACACAAGAAAAUCCUGGAUUUGAAUCAGCGUAUAUUGAUCGCUAUUGAUGUUGCCAUUGCCUUAACUUACCUUCAUUUGUCUGCUGCAGGUGAACCAUUAAUCUGUUACAAUUUGAAGACAUCGAAAAUCCUACUGACAGAGAGUUUUAGAGCGAAGCUGACCGCUUUUGAACUUUCAAGAAGUGGUACCCUUGACCAAAUUGUAGGGACAUGUGGCUACAUGAGUCCAGAGUAUGUGCAGAGGAUUGAGAUUACUGCUAAAUCCGACGUCUACUCUUUUGGUGUAGUACUCUUAGAAAUUCUAUCCUCUCGUGGACCGCUAGAGUGGAGCCGUGAAGAAGUGCUACAACCAGGGUUCUUCGACAACCAACCCCCUGAACUGCACCCUAGCACAGCAACAUUGAUUUUUGAGAAAUUUAAGGCAGGCAACACCAGAGAGAUAUUGGAUGACUGUCUGGCGCAUCGCGUGGAUAAAAAAUUUCUUGAAGACUGGCUUGGCUUAGCGUCUUUGUGUACAGCUUUCAACGGAGAUGAUCGCCCAAGAAUUGAAGAGGUGGGGGAACGGCUGUGGGAAAUAUGGAAAGACCAUAGAAAGCGCAUAGGAGAGUCGUACAGGUAUGAAAGAAGUUGGGCAGAAUUUGUGAAAGAGGAGGGGAUACCCAGGGGUGUUGAGUCCAUAGACAAGAGCAGCGGGAAUGAAGAAUUUCCUAAUGAAUGGAGGGCGACAAAUUCGCAUGGUUCUCCUAUCUAUUCUGAUGUUACACCCUCUCCUCCACUCUCUCCCCGGUAAGAAGUAGCAUGAUUUGAACAAAGGGGCAGCAUUUUCAG